GGUUGCCAGGAGAGGUGGACGCCUGAGGCUGCCAGGAGGGUGGGCAGGUUGAGUGUUGUGAUGGCCAGGGGCCGGAUCCAAGAAGCAGGUUGUUAUCUAUGUUGGUACGGACAACCUCCAUAGGGGUCCUGCUCACAUACCAACCAAAACAGCAUCCACAAAGAUUCGUUGCUGUUGGCGAGUGGAGGUUGGUAGCCAGCCUAAAAGUGCUCAUUGGCUGCCAGGGCUGAUACGUCAUUACCAUGUCGUCACAAGGACAGGUAGCCAAUCAUAAGGGAGCUUUAUGUUAUCCCUACUCCAGGGCUGAGGAAAUCAUAUGACUUUGUUCUCAAACACUGAUACAGCGUCACAUGCACACAGCUACUACUCAGCACAGUCAGCAGUCCUGACAGUGCUUUCAUCACGGCUAGUGUAUCCCAUAGUAAAACAAGGACACAAGGAUGCUCCGACAUUGAGGCUUUAACAUUGGUGAGGGAGGUGUAGUGUCGGGGUGUGAUUUCAGCAGGCAAUAGAGGAGUGGAAACAAAUAUCGUGGUGAAAGCAACACGCAAGGUAAAAGGGUCACAAGAAGAAGAAGAAGCAGCCGAGUCGUCGCGAGUCUCCGCUUCGUCAGUGGCCUAUCUCAUCUCUGCUUUAUUUUUUUUGUAUUCCAUAAGUCAGUUGCAUCCUCACCGCUGAGACGGAAGGACACUAUUAUCACACUUCGUUGUUUACAUGAGUGGCAGCCCCUACAAGUGGUAAUCAGAAGUGAUUUGGAGUGAUCACGCCUACUCAGUGGCUACUGAGGGAGAUUUUAGCUCAUUUUGACAGCCAGAAAUAGGCCUAAAGAUUGAAAAUAAGCGCCCCUGCCUGGGUCUAGUGGUGGCCGCUGCCACAACAAAGGAAUCCUCACACGUGGAGGCAUCACAAAGGACUAUGCCUGUCGAGGACGGUACUGUGGUGGAGGUAGGCGUAGCAGCCCUGGAGGACAUGGAUAUUGUCGAGGAGCCUCGUUUUGCACCAUCUACCAAGAAAAGCCAUCAGGUUACUGCUGCUGGUGACCAGUCUUCCCCUCGACAUUUACCUGCCCCUGCCUCGGACCGUAAACAAGAACGACGACACCUGUCUUUCCCUGCUGGCCAUGGGAAGACGGCCAGUGAGCUUUUCAGCUGGUUUGCAGCCCUGCUAAAACAACACCCAGACCUGCAGCCACUCUACAAGGAGGGGCGGAACCAGCCUUACAUCACGGUCAGUACUGACUCCUCCUUCUAUGCCACCCUGGUGAGUGAGGGCUUCCUGGGCCUUGUUAUGGAGUGCCCUGGUGAAGAAGGCACUCACCCUGUCAUUAUCCAUGGUGUAGCGACCCACAUCAAUGUCAACCUGAUAGAGGUACCAGCUGGAUUCCAUGGGCUGAAGAGGAGAAUGGUGGGGCAGAUGGCAAGGCCUCAACUGUUGGGAGUGGUGACAGGGAAGGUGCCCAGUGAGGUGCAUCUCCUGGGCCUUGGACGACGGCGUGUGGAGCGUUACACGCCAGAACCAGAUUUAUGUCGCCACUGCAGUCGCUGGAGACACAAGGAGUGGCGUUGCCAGUCUGCCCCUCGCUGUAGAUACUUUGCUGGCCCCUAUAAGUCAGCACAGUGCCUAGAUAAGAUCAAGGAGGGCACCAAAAUCCCUCCUCGGUGCUGCAAUUGUGGGGGUGACCACAACGCCCACUCCACCCUCUGCACUGUCAGGCCUCGGCCCCAAAGGGAGCCUGCCAAGGAUGAGGUGAGUCUGCCCAGGCUUGUGUUCUGCCAGGCUCCACCUCCCCAGACCAACGCCUGGGUGACGAAGCCCUCCUUCUCAGCCACUGGCCCUCACCUGUCCCAGCCUUCCUGCCCCACCACUGGCACUUCGACUACAUCUGCCAUGUUCCUGCCUUUGCCGCAGCGCACUGCUACAGUGCCCCUGUGCCUCCAAAAACAGUGCCCCAGCCAGGCAUCACUCAGGAACUGCCUGCCACCGACUCCACCCAGCAGCUAAUGGCGGUGGUGAGCGCACUAGCUGCCAAAGUGGACAAUCUGUCUGCAACAGUCUCUGGACUUAGUAACGAGUUUGCUGCCUUCAAGAACUAGCAGCGCACAGUAUGCAGUGGGACUUCUACUGUGGCCC